AUGCCUCGCUAUUGCCAUGGCUUCGAGGAUCCAUCAGGAGACGGAGCCCGACCAUGCAUUUUCUCGCAAGAUGGUAGAGGUGGACCUGCGCAAACCAGCAACAAGAGCUGCGUACUGUGCAGUCUGGAAAGCCUAGAACUCGCUCUUGGUUCUCGUGUGGCCAGAGGCAAUUUGAUCAGACAGCUGAAGCACUGGCGGCAAGUCGGGUCGCCGACAUAUGAAGCGGCAUUUGGGUUGGGAUCAUUGUGUGUGCUAUCUGCCAGCGAGCAAUGUGGCUUGCGGGCAAAGGCCGGAGAGCGUCCCAACUUCAAGCCAUCCAGCAGUUGGUUGCAUAAGAAGCAACGGCGCCUGAGGCAGUUCUUGCUCGGCCGAGCAAUCCCGCGGACGAGCCUGAGCACCCGCAGCCGAAAAUAUGUGCAGUCUGCAUCAAGCCAGCGCAGUGGUGGCCAAAGCUGGAUUCUUCACUAUUACUAUGUGCACAAUCGCAAGAUGGCACAUCGUCUUGCCACUGCGUUAAAGAAAGUCGCAGGUGGUACAGUUUGGAAGGGGAAGAAGGCGUCGCUGAGAGGAUACCGCCAAAGAUGGUGGCGAGCUCGGAGGGAACUGAGACGAAGAUAUUCUGAGCUGAUGGCUAUGGCUGAAGGGCCUCUUUUGAGCUGCAGAGCCGCGAAGUGGGCAAUCGAAGAGGAUAUACUGCAAGCUGGCUUUCGAGUGCCUCUAUCUGGCAGGAUGUCAUGCCAGAAUCAUCCGCAAUGGAGAUUCUUGGCUGAAACCGGUCACAUCCUUUACUUCCAGAGUCCGCAUGAAAGUCUGGAUUUCGCACAGAAACAGUUGGCGAGUGCGACGUGCUCCAUCAACAACGCACUGGGCAGACCCACGUGCGACAUCACUUUGCAGACGGCCCAACGCCUAUUGAAGGCACGCGGUUCUGAACAUGAUUGGCGCAUGUGUGUGAAGCGGGAUGGCAAGAUACUGUCUCCUUUCGCCGUUGGCUGUGCCCUGGAACAGAUUGGUUUCAAAUUGCAGUAUUGUUCUGACCCAAGCAUUUGGCCAGCUGGAGCACAGAGCCUGCUGCAAAUCCGUGGCGACCAGAAUUCUGGUAAUGAGCAUUGGGCUGCUCUGACAUCCUGUGAUGGCCGAAUAUAUGUGUUAGAUUGCUUCCAAGGCAAGCCUGAGCUGGUCAUGAAUUGGCACCCAGACUUGCAACCUUGCGAAACCUACGCGGAGCCACCGCACAUCCAUCAGCAGCGAAAGGAGAUGCCAAGCAGGUGCUUGAAGCCAGAAGAAGGCGAGCUUCAAGAGGAGGCGACAACAAGCUCGAAGGACUUACUCUCAGAAUACGUUCUCGGCGCGUGGUCUCAACCUGAAGAAGACGGAGGCGGCGACAAGGUGCGCGGUCUCAACUUGAAGAGGAUGGAGGCGGGAACCAGGCCGGAGCACUUCUCCUCAACCAAUAUCGGGUCCGAGGUGCGUGGUCUCAACUCGAACAGGCAAGGACAAGGCGGGGAGGGCCCAUCCUCAACCAACAUGGGGUUCCGAGGUGUGGAAGUUCAAGCUGAGGAAGACACAGGCGUGGAAGCUCAAGCUGAAGAAGACAGGGGCAGGGACAAGGGUCUCAAGCUGCAGAAGCGCAACGACAAGGUGUGGAAGCUCAAGCCGAAGAAGACAGAGGUGUGUGGACUCAGCGACAAGGCCGAGAGGGCUUAUCCGGAGUGCGUGGUCUCAGUCGAAGAAGGCGGAGGCAGGGACGAGGCCGGAGCACUUAUCCUCAACCAAUAUGGGGUCCCAGGUGCGCGGUCUCAACUUGAAGAGGAUGGAGGCGGGGACCAGGAAGCUCAAGCUAAAGAAGACAGAGGCAAGAACGAGGUGUGGAAGUUCAAGCUGAAGAAGACAGAGGCGUGGAAGCUCAAGAUGAAGAAGGGCAAGGACAAGGUGUGGGAGCUCAAGCCGAAGGAGACAGAGGCAAGGACAAUCCAGGGUAUGGAAGCUUGA